UUCCACUAGCUAAUAUUAUUCCGCUAUUGUUCUCGUUCUCCUUCAAGAAUUUUCUCGCACAAAUAGAAAUGGAAGAAGCAUUUAGGCCGCUAAACGGGCUGAGCCACACGUCGGAGCCCAUCACUGACCACCUCCACAAGAAGUGCACCACCACCACGACCACGUCGACCAUAACCACAGCCACUGCCACCAACAAGAGGUCUAUAAGAGAAGCCAGUGGCACAAUGAGAUACCGCGGUGUGCGCCGCAGGCCUUGGGGUCGCUAUGCCGCCGAGAUCAGAGACCCGCAGUCGAAGGAGCGCCGCUGGCUCGGCACCUUCGACACGGCUGAGGAAGCCGCCUGCGCCUACGACUGCGCUGCCAGAGCUAUGCGCGGCCUCAAGGCUCGUACCAACUUCGUUUACCCGACUUCGCCGCCUCCUUCUGCUACCGACCAUCUACUCCCUCCCUUCAACUUUUCCAAACAUUCUCAGCCGUCCGUUAAGAUCCCCCUAAACCGACAGUUUGGUCCCGCUUCAAGUUGGUCACCUUUCUCCAACCCUCAUGUCGGUGAUCACUUUUCUGGGUCCGCCGGAAAUGGUUCUCUGAAUAUGUUCCUCCUUCGCGACUUGUUCCCUUCUUCCUCCAACCCAUCCUUGGUAUCACCCCCUCAGGCUAUUCAUGACCAGUUUCCUCCUUCUAGUACCUUUUCUGGGGGUUCUUUAGUGAAUCCCUCUUGUAAUUCUCAUUUGUCUGACACUUUCUUGGGGUCUUCUUCCAUGAAUCUUCCACUCGUUGACAACCAUCAGACAUAUAACUCCGGGGGUUCCAUUAGGACGACGACCACUCAACAAGUUGAUGACUCGGAGUUCUUUCCCAAAGAGCCCUCAGACUCUGGCUUGUUGGAAGAGAUUAUUCAUGGGUUUUUUCCAAAACCCUCGUCCAAGAGAUGCGACCCUCCAAAAACAGAGACCAAUCUUCCUCAGAUUUCUGAUAUGUACGUUGCUCAAUCUUUUGACGGGUUGAAAAAAGGGAUAAAAAACGAGCAUUUCGGUUUCUCGUUUGAUUAUCAAGGGGUUCCGCAGCAGUUUGAGAAUCUGAACGGGGCCAGAAACGAGCUCUUUGGCAGCUCGCAAGCAUCUGUGCCCUAUGGUUACGAGAUGCCGCCGGCGUUGAACCUUCAGUCGGGGGCGACGGAAUCCGUGUGGGAUGACAUCUUCCAGUACCCUGAGCUUUGGAAUGCCUUUGCGGCUAGGGUGCAGAAUGCUUGAGCUGUUUGGGAAAACUGUUGCUUGUUUGAAGAUAUCUCAAUGUGUUUUUGUUGACAGUACUGAUCAUAGUAACUCGAAGCUGAUCUUGAGGGUUUUUGGAAGAUUAGUUCAUCAAACAUGUUUAUGUACUUGCGUACUUCUCAGAAUGAAGAUUUUAAUUUCUUGUUAUU